GGAAAAGAUAUUUUAUUACACAAUUCCCAUUUCAGCCGUUAAUUCAGCUGACAACCCCAAAACGACCCCCCCCCCCCCCCCAAACCCGCAGAACUGAUAAUUCCCCUCCGCGUCCCACGAAUCCAAAAAGGAAAAGCUAAACUCCUAUUAAACUUGUUUGUAUACUAAUUUUUUUCUUUAUCUACAGUUGAACAACCAUGGCUUCUAGUCUUCACCAUCCCUUAUUUACUCACUCUUUUCCCCAGAAAAAUCAGAAUUACAGUUAUUUCUGUUGCUCUACUAAUCUUCAACUAAGAGAUAAUAGUACUAGUUCCUCAACUCGACUCCGUACUGUACUCGUCAAAUCAUCUAGGGACAAAAAUCCUACAACUAUAUCCAAAAAUUCCAUUCAUAAUUCAAAUGAAAGUCGGGUCAAGAAUCCGGAUCCUGACCCGGGACCCGACCCGGAUCCUCCCUCCUCCUCCUUCUCCUCAUCACUGUUGGAUUCAGUCACUUCCUUGCUGGAAGUGCUGAAAUUUGAUGGAAUUGGAUGGGAUAUUGUGUCCAUUGCGUUGCCUGCGGCGCUAGCUCUUGCUUCUGACCCCAUUACUUCACUUGUUGAUACUGCAUUUGUUGGACAUUUAGGUUCAGUUGAAUUAGCAGCAGUAGGUAUUUCAGUAUCAGUUUUCAACCUCAUCUCGAAAUUGUUCAAUGUUCCUUUGCUCAACGUCACAACUUCUUUCGUUGCUGAAGAGCAGGCAUUAAUUACUAAAGGUGACGAUAGCUCACCUGAUUCACAAAGCAAGAUAUUACUUCCUUCGGUAUCAACUUCGUUACUACUUGCCCUUGGCCUUGGCAUUGCGGAAGCUGUGGGACUUUCUGUUGGGUCCGGUUUCAUGAUGAAUACCAUGGGUAUAUCUGUUGAUUCACCAAUGCGUGUACCAGCUGAGCAAUUCCUUACAAUGAGGGGCUUUGGAGCUCCACCAGUUGUUAUAGCACUUGCUGCUCAAGGAACAUUUCGUGGAUUUAAGGACACAAAAACUCCUUUAUAUGCUGUUGGAGCUGGUAACUUGGUAAAUGCAUUCUUGUCUCCAAUUUUGAUAUUCUCCUUUGGUUUCGGCAUUAGUGGUGCUGCAAUUGCUGGUGUGAUUUCUGAAUACUUGACUGCUUCUAUCCUUCUGUGGAAGUUAAAUGGGAAAGUUCUUCUUAUUGCUCCAGACAUUGAUGUGGGAAGAUUUUCUCAGUAUCUUAAAUCUGGUGCCCUUCUAAUAGGGAGGACUUUCGCACUUCUAAUUACCACUACACUAUCCACAGCUCUGGCAGCACAACAGGGCCCCGUGCCUAUGGCUGGUCAUCAGAUCUGCUUUGAAGUUUGGCUAGCUGUAUCGUUGCUAACUGAUGCCUUGGCACUUGCUGGGCAGGCUCUUCUUGCCACUGGAGUUUCUCAAGGUAAUUAUGGCCAAGCACGCGAAGUGGUUUAUAAAGUUCUACAGAUUGGUGCAUUGACAGGAGUUGCCUUGGGUUUUAGCUUGUUCAUUGGUUUUGAAGCACUCUCCACCUUAUUCAGCACAGAUUCUGAAGUUCUGAAAAUUGCCAGAUCUGGUACUCUGUUUGUUGCUGGAUCUCAGCCAAUAAAUGCUAUUGCCUUCGUUCUUGAUGGGCUCUAUUAUGGUGUUUCAGAUUUCGAAUUUGCUGCAUAUUCUAUGUUAGUGAAUGGAAUAGUCUCCUCAAUCUUCUUACUUGUGGCUGCGCCAUUAUUCGGUCUUCCUGGAGUCUGGGCGGGGCUUUUUCUCUUCGUAGCCUUGCGGGUUGUAGCUGGAAUAUUGAGGUUACAAGCAAGAGACGGACCAUGGAAAUUUCUUCGGUCGGAUAUGGAACAGGAUAGUGUCUGACUUUCAGUUAGCAAGUUGAUUGAUUCUCUUAUGAUGGUCAGCAAAUUCUGUAAGGCCUAUGCCAAGGAUGGCGCAAAUUGCUGACCAUACCUUAACAGGCAUUUGCAGAUCUUGGCAAAAUUGAACUCCUGAUAUCUGGAAAGUUAAUUCUACAGUAGAACAGCCAUAUCAAUUUCAUCAAUUUCUUUGGUCUCUACUGACGGGGGGAGGAUUUAUCUUCAAGAUUGCUCUGUGGAGGUUUGAAGAACAACCAUGAUCAAGCUACAUCAUCUCAAUGACCAUUAGAAAGUCUAGCUAAACUCUAACUUGGGAAUCCACUCCACCACCACCACCUUUUUUCCCUCCAGUUGGUGAAAUAAUUCAAAAAAGAGAGUUCAACCAAGUGAUCUUUGUAAAGUUGAACAGCUUAUUUGAUGCAUAUAGUACUAUGCUAAUGUAACAGUUCAUUCUUCUUGUA